CUUUCCAUCCAUAUCUUCAGGCUCUCCCUCCGGUGCUCUCAGUGUGUUUCCUAGCGUUGUCUUUCCGCCACUCUCUCGCAGUUUUCCAUUCUCCUGUUCUAUUCUGGUGUCAAAACGGACUUACAAUUCACUGCUGAGAACGGAAUUCAUCGGAUGGUACAAUGAAACCCAUGAGUCGAAUGGUUUUGGAGAUUUGUGCAUUUCUUCUUUCCAUUUUAUCUGCAGGCACCUGCUCUGAAGCAGAGCACAGGCUGUUUUCAGGCAUCUUCUCCAAGUACAACCAAUACAUCCGGCCGGUGGAGAAUGUGUCUGACCCGGUCAUAGUGCAGUUUGAGGUGUCCAUGUCCCAGCUGGUGAAAGUGGAUGAAGUCAAUCAGAUCAUGGAGACCAACCUCUGGCUGAGACAUAUCUGGAAUGACUACAAACUGCGAUGGGACCCAAAAGAGUUUGGAGGAGUGGAGUUUAUCCGAGUGCCUUCAAACAGAAUCUGGAAACCAGACAUUGUUCUGUACAACAAUGCAGUGGGGGACUUCCAGGUAGAUGAUAAAACCAAAGCCCUACUGCGCUACAAUGGCGAUGUGACCUGGAUCCCGCCAGCCAUUUUCAAGAGCUCCUGCAAAAUUGAUGUCACAUACUUCCCCUUCGACUACCAGAACUGCACUAUGAAGUUUGGCUCGUGGACCUACGACAAGGCUAAGAUCGACCUGGUCCUGAUUGGGUCAACCAUAAAUCUCAAGGACUUCUGGGAAAGUGGUGAAUGGGUGAUCAUCGACGCACCCGGGUACAAGCACGACAUAAAGUACAACUGCUGUGAGGAGAUCUACCCAGACAUCACCUACUCCGUCUACAUCCGCCGCUUGCCACUCUUCUACACCAUCAACAUGAUCAUCCCCUGCCUGCUCAUCUCCUUCUUGACUGUGCUGGUGUUCUACCUGCCCUCUGACUGUGGCGAGAAGGUCACCCUCUGCAUCUCCGUGCUGCUCUCCCUGACUGUGUUCCUGCUGGUCAUCACCGAGACCAUCCCGUCCACCUCGCUGGUUAUCCCGCUCAUUGGCGAGUACUUGCUCUUCACCAUGAUCUUCGUCACGCUCUCCAUCGUCAUCACCGUCUUCGUGCUCAACGUGCACUACCGCACACCAAAGACGCACACCAUGCCCCAGUGGGUAAGGAGCGUCUUCCUGGGGCUUCUCCCCAAGGUGAUGUUCAUGACCCGGCCUGUGAAGGACCCCCAGCGGCUCUCUGGCUCCACCCACUUCUCGCUACAACAAUGCACCCCGCCCACUACCGGCGCCCCGCAGUCUCACAAGCAGCAGGUCCUCGGCGCCGGCCACCAGCCACGGCAGCGGCUCUUCAUCAGCACAGAGCUCUCCAACCUGAGCUCCUUUAAUGGCGACCCGGCCAAGGGGAACUCCCCUUACCUGUGCCGGCUCCAGAGAUCCACCAAGCUGCCAGUGGAUGGGGGUGGGGGCAGCCUCGGGACGCUCACUGGAAGGGGGAGCCCCUGCUCCAGUUCAGAGUCUCUGAAUGGGGGACCUCUGUCCCUGGCCGCCCUCUCGCCAGAGGUGAGGGAAGCCAUAGAAAGUGUCAAAUACAUUGCUGAGAACAUGAGGCUACAGAAUGAAGCCAAGGAGGUGCAAGAUGACUGGAAGUAUGUUGCCAUGGUGAUCGACAGGAUUUUCCUGUGGGUGUUUAUACUGGUGUGCAUUCUGGGAACUGCAGGUCUCUUCCUCCAGCCUCUUCUACUGGGAGAGGACAUGUAACACUGCGCAACUACAGUAACAUUCUUCAGCUGCUGUGGUCACCUCUAUUUCUGGCCGGACUCAAUCAAAAAUCACACUGCUCCUUGACUAACUGGAAAUUGUGUAUUGAGAAUGAUUCGUCUCCCCCCAGUUUGUAGAGUGCACCAUCGUUAUUUAAAAUCACUUGGAGAACAGCAGAGUGCACUUCAAUAAAAAGACUACACUUAUCAGAGGCGUGUGGCAAUCAAGGUUUCAAUGUCACAAAAUGGUAUGUUCAGACAAGUUGCUGAUUUUGGGUUUUUCAGUUUAUAGUGUCCUACAUUAGAGAGAAAAGGCAAGGGCUAGUUUCCUUCUACAUUUUUUCGUGCAUAUGUUCAAUAGCUAUAUACAGUAUUUUACUCCAUGGUCACCAAGAGAUGGAGGGACAACCACUGAUUUCAGCCAGAAGUGAUGAUUCAAUAGCUAAGUUCAAACACACACACACACACAAAUGAUCCGAUAUGAA